AUGCAGGUGCUUUAUGCCACGGGCUUUAAUGCCUGGGGCCAGCUGCAAUUCAACACGACAGCUGUGCCAGAGGACGAACCUGACGACAUUUGGGCUUUCACACGUGUGCGACAGGACCACAAGAUCGUGCAUGUCCGACCAUCCCUUUCAUAUACGGAAGUGACAACGUCUGAGGGAAUUGCCACGGCUGGAGCGGCCCCGGUGGCCCCAGUGGAUAUCUCCCGCAUAAGUGACGGAAACAAUCUGCACUUUGCUGAAGCUUUGAACGGUUGUGUUUUGGUCUACGACAAGAAUGAAGGUGCACUUCUUCAGUAUGCGUCAGCAGACGACUAUUCGGCGGCCAUACACCGUCGCAUAGGUGAUGACGCCGCUAUUUUGACCGAUGUUCCUUGCUCCCGCUUCGCUGGCUAUCCCGGCGUACGACAGGUCGUUGCGUACGAUGUUGGCUUCGCCAUACUCACUACCGACGGUCAAGUCUGGACAUGGGGCGACCCGCGAUUCCCAGAGUGCCUUGGUCGGGACGUGACUGAAUCGCCUGCCGAGCGCCCGGGCCUUGUCACUGCCCUCGACGACCUGCCAACUGGACCGAUUGUGAAAUUGGCGGCUGGUGGCCAUGUGCUUGCGGCCGUGACGCAGGGGCGGGAUCUUUACUGCUGGGGUGGCUACCCAGGACGGCGGCCCGUGCUGCUAGAAGGCGUCACGGGCGAGCCGACACCCAUUGUGGUUUCCGCCACGUCGGCCGACGGCUACACCGAAGACGUAGAUGUCGUCGAUGUCGGCAUGGGCGAUGGGCAUAUGAUUGUGCUUGCAACUGACGGCUCCGUAUUUGUUCUUGGCAGCAACGCCAAUGGCCAGCUCGGAAUAGGACACGACAGCAACGAUGCCAGAAGGCCACCUGUACUGGAAAAGAAAAUAGUGACGACCUGGGUCAAGGUUCGCAGUCUUCCGCCUGGCCAGGUGACUGGUGUAUAUGCAGGUCCGAAAAGCUCCUUCAUCGUCGUCACUGAAUAG